AUGCUUACACUCUUGUAUUUGGAGCUUUUCCUGAUGGCCACGUUUGUGCUCUCCCUCCCAUUUUUCCUUUGUGCGCUAAUCAUCAUCUUGCACUAUGGCUAAAUUAUGUCCCGGUGAAUUAAUGUUAACACGACGCGCACCCACAUUCCUGCGAGGAGAGGGGGAGAAGGAGCCGGUUCGAAAUGCAAUGAUUCGCCAUUCCGAAUCAUAUUUCUUUUCAGCAUGUGCAGCGUUUAGAAACAGCCUCUGCACAGGCUCCCUUUCUGAUUGUGAACAUGUAUGUGCUGCCGAACACGUCGUCGCUGAUGGACUGUGCUCCGCCGCGGUGGUCUGUGACAGUGCUACAUAGCAGCUUUGGCCGGUCUCCUCUGCGUGUGUAUCAAUAACAUUCGCAGGAAGAAAGAAGAAAGAGUCGUUGCGGUGGUGAUGUUUUGGUAGCUCUCAUGGUAUAACACAGCCCGGUCAAUCCACAGCUGGAACCAGUUCAGUCCCUGCAAUGGCUUGUGUUGUAAAAUGGAUGUUUUAAAGAAGAAAUAAUGAAAACAAGGACACACAAAGAAUCGAUGCCCAUGCGCAGUGGGCGACGACGGGGGGCAAGUGAAGAGAGAAGGGGUAGACGCCCGCACCCCAGCCCCACUCGCCCUGAACGCAACGACAGGCAGACGCAAAGAGGUGCUGGUGAGGAUUUGGCUGGAAAUCGCUUCAGUCGCAGAUCACAAGGGCAUGAUUCAUCUGAGAGUGAGGGGGAGGAACUUGUGUCUCCUCCAAAGAGGCAGAAAGUUCAGGAUUCGGCCUCUACCCCAAACCCUCCAACAUCAACACACUCGACUGACAGCUCAACUCCUUCCAAUGUCCCACCCCCAACCUCAGUUGCCAGCCAAUCCCGUGAGAGUGACAAUGAAGAUGGCCAAUCCCAGGGAAGUAGGAGUUCAGUUGUAGGAAGCCUGGCCAAUAGUAGUAGUAGUCUGAGCAGCGGGCGGGAUAUAGACCAGGACAAUCGUUCCUCAUCUCCAAGUCUUUCUGCUUCCCCCCUGGGUAGUCUGGACUCUGAUUCUGAUGGCCCUGACUCACCAAAGCAAGGUGAAAGGGAGAAAGGUAAAGAAGGGGGAGUGGGGAAGGUCACAGGAGAUGAUAGGAGAACGCUGCGAGAGGGGAGGGGGGUAGAAUCCUGUGGAGAUGGAGAAAAACGAGAUGGGGACUCAGCUGAAGACUGUCAAACUCUGAAGCCCCCAUCUACUCUCUGCUCCUCCUCUGGUCUGACUUCUUCUCUUCGUGGAACAGGUGACUCACCAAAUGAUAGCAAUAGUGCACGGAAGUCAUAUUUUUCCCUGGACUCCAAACUGAUGUGUAAAGUUGAGUAUGGUGCACCAGCAGGUGUUGAAAGUGGCAGCAGAAUGACUUCCAAAGCUAGCACACAAUGUGCCACCAAGUCAACUAUCUCUGCAGGAGAUUUUUCCCACAACAGCCCCAAUAUUUCCCACUCCUUGCCCCCCCCACUUCCUCCUCCACCUGCCCUGAAGCCUUUGGAGCUUGGAGGACAAAACUUGCCUGCUGAGGUUAAGACAGAAAGAGAAAAAAUAGAAAAGGGAGACAAACUUCUGGACAAACCUCAGUCCACGCCUCCUUCUCUGUUGCCACAGACUGGCCCACAGACGCAAUCCCAGUCUCAGCCUCAGAACCAGCCUUCUAACCACCCCCACCACUACAACUCCACCAGCUGGCAGGGUGGCACAGCAACUGGUUGCCAAGGGAGUUGGGGCUACACCCGUUACCCAGGCAACCAUCCACACCAACCACAGCAUCAGCCCCCAGUACAGCAGCAGCAACUUCCCUCCGUUUACAACCCUCCGUCCUCUCGCCAUUCCUCCUCCCACCCCUCUUACCUACCCCAUCCUCACCCACACCCCCACAGGGAGUACCUUCCCAGGUACACUGGAGGGGGAGGGGACAGAGAGAGAGGGCCUGCAGGAGAAAGGGAAAGGGGAGUGAGGGGGGACUGUGGGGGGAGGGAGAUGAACCGAGAGUUUUCUGCUCCCAUCAACAACAACAAUAGUAGUGGGGGAAAUAGUAAUAGUUCUUGUGGUGCGAUGGGUGGGCCCAACAGCAUUCAAGGAAGGGAGUAUGGGGGUCUUUCAGUAGGUCAGAGCCGGGAGUACCAAGGUUCUGGAAGAGACGGACCUAACUUGGGUCCAGAAAGAAGAGACUUUGGUCCAGCUUUCAGGGACAGGGAUCGUGAAAGGGAACGUGACGGAGGAAGGGAGUUUAAUAUGCCAAACCAAAACCAGAGUAGAGACUUUGGCCCCAGUGGAACUGCAGGGGGGCAUCCCAGAGACAAAGAUGGGAGCAGAUGGGGUGAGUUUGGAGGCCAGACAAGAGAUGUUGUUAGUAACAGUAACCCCAACAACAACUCCAUGCCACAGGGAAACCCCCCAAGUUCAACUGGUGGGCUACCAGGCACCCCUAUGCUGAACCGUGACCCACCUGCAUCACCCCAAAACAAUCCCAGUCACCCUCCCCAUUCAUCCAUACCCCCACACCCUCACUCACAUCCUCCAAACUCAUCAAACCGGGACUUCCCUUCUCCCAUUGAUCAGGCACAAACACCCUCAUCUGGAGCAGACCACUUUCACAGAGAGUAUCCUCCUACAGGAGGAAAAGACUUUCCUCCAGGAGCACCUCCUGCUGGCACAAAUCGGGAGUAUUUAAGCUCCCCUGGGGUAACUCAAAACCUGGGACGAGAGUAUUCAGGACCUGGAGGAUCCCAACACUCCCAUCAACCUCACCCCCACUACCAGUCUGGGCCCAAAGACAGAGAGAGAGACUCAAACCACAGAGAGUCUGCUUUGUACCAAAGUCGUGGAGGCCCAAAUCAGCCUCCUGCACUCUCUCCCUCCUCCUCUUCCAGCCAUCAUGGACCAUAUCCCCAUCCACCAUCUCAGCCUCCUCUGCCCCCACCUUCAGCUUCCCAUACCCAACCACCCCCUUCAGGUAUGGCACCCAGUGCACGUCCCCCACACUAUCAGUCAUCUGCCCAGACUCCUCCAACACCCCUGUCUCCUUUACCCAGCCCAUCUACCAACCAGAUGGGAGCCUUCUCAUCUUUUCCCCCUGGCUCCUCCUCUGCACCCAACAUACAAAUUCCUGCAUCAGGCGUGCCACCCAGUUGUUCACCUGGAUGUCGCCCUUCCCCUUUCCACAGCACUUUGAACAACCACCCUCAGUUCAGUGGAACAUAUCACUCCAAUGGGAACAACGGCAGCAACGUGGCCAGCAGCAGCAGCAACAGUAGUGCACCCGGUAGCAGCAAUACCAUCUCACAGUCACUCUCGCCUCAAAAUGCCACAAAGGGACCUCCACCUCUUAGUAACUCCGCCAACAACAACAGUAUCUCAACACCUGCCUCAAGCUCUUCACUCCCCAGUGGAGAGGGACAUUCAGAUUCAGGCCCGCCUCCCACACCUGUCAUCAAGGAAGAACCAAUUGAGGACAGAGAGGAGGGUGAAAGCCCACCACCGGUGUUGAGAAGUCCCUCACCUGAGCCAAAACCUGUGGACAUUCCUAUCCAUGCCAGCCAAUCAGCACGGUUUCACAAGGUCCUUGACCGUGGCAGCGGGAACUCCUGCGCCCGCAGUGAUGUCCUCUUUGUCCCAUUAGAUGGCUCAAAACUAUGGAAGAAGAGGAAUGAGAUGAUAGAGCGAGCCCGGAGGGAGGUCGAGCAGAGGGCCAGAGACUUAAGAGAGAAAGAAAGGGAACGAGAGAGAGAGCGUGAGCGUGAGAGGGAACUGGAUCGGCAUCUACAGCAGCAGAAGGAUAUCAGCACUGCCGGAGGGGGUCGCCAGGGCUCAUCCCUUUUUUUCCAUCCCUCAUCCUCUAUCAUUCUCGACCCUUCAUCUUCUUCUGCUUCUUCCUCCAGCAACUCUGUCUCCCAUCCACCUUCACACCCACAGCAUCACCCAUCAAAUCCACAUGCUCACCUGCCUCCAGCACACCAUCUCCACCCAAGUCUUUCUCACACUAUCCCCCAUUCCCUCCUCUUACCAUCCAUGGGAGGAGCAUCAGCAGUGGUUGGAGGUCCUCAGGGAGCUCUGGGGAUAGGGUUAGGAGGUCCAUAUUUAGGCCCUGACACACCAGCACUGAGAACUUUGAGUGAAUAUGCUCGCCCCCACGCCAUGUCUCCACUUGGGGCGGCAAGCCGUGCUCAAGCACACCACCCUCAAAUUCACCAUGGUCACCCCCAUGUUCACCCCUCAUUCUUCCUUCCUCAAUUUCAGAAUCAUGCUUUAGGCCACCCACACCACCUGCCCACUGAUGCAGCUACAGCAGCCGCCAUCUUGGGCUUUUUGUAUGGGGGCAGCCUUGAAGGUGGUCCAGGUGUUGGUGGCCAUCCUGGGGUGGCAGGAGGCCCAGUACCUGGAGGGAUUGGGGGUGCAGGAUUAGGAGGUGUUGGCUUUCCUCACACUGUGGCAGCUCACCGAGACAGGUUAAAGACUGGAUUUGAAUUCAAAAGUGAUGAGCGGGUUUACCCACCAGGAUCCAUACCUGAUCCAGCAGCUAUUGCUCUCGCUCACUCACAUUCACAUGCCCAUGCCCAUGCCCAUGCCAAUGCCCAUGCCCAUGCCCAUGCCCAUGCCCAUGCUCAUCCUCAUCCUCACUCCUUUCUCCUUGGAGGAGGUGCAGCAGGAGCUAAUGAGGUGUCACUCUACAGCACUCCUCCCCCUCCAGCCCCACCAGGACCUCCGCAUCUUCAGAACCCAACCCUAGCACCAGUAACUCGACCUUCCAACCCUCCUGCCCCGCAGUCCCUGUCAAAUCCUCCUCCUUCAUCUUUACUCCCACCUUCUCUACCUUCUCAUCCGUCAUCUGCUCCACCUGCCGCUUCCUCAGCCCAGGCGGCCUCUGCCGCUCCUCCAACAGCUCCUGCUCAAACUGCUCCACCAACCACUAACUCAGCCUCCCUUCAUCAUCCAGUACCCCACUCAUCUUUUCCCAGCUCCCUGUCCUCUCAUCUGCCACCAGCCCCUGCCCCUUCCGCUCCCCCUGAAACCUACCCAACUCCUGCCCGUUCCCCUGCCUCCUAUGAGCGUGACAGAAGUGGAGAAAGAGAGCGGGAGAGGGAGCGAGACAGAGCAGCUCUGCCAGCCUUUGGGGACAGAGAGCGAGAAAGAGGAGGAAGCGGUGGAGGUGGUGGGGGGAGUGGAGGAGGCGGGAGUGGAGGUGGAACAGGUGGAGGAGGAGAGAAUCUGGGGCGUCUUCAAAUGCUGAAUGUGACGCCGCAUCAUCACCAGCAUUCACAUAUCCACUCGCAUCUUCACCUGCACCAGCAAGACACAGCGGCGGGCGGGGUUCACCCCCUGAUGGACCCGUUGGCAUCGGGGUCUCCUUUGGCACGCCUCCCUUACCCAGGAGCCACACUGGGCACCCCCAUCCUGGCUCACCCCCUCACUGACAGCGAGGUGCUCCGCCAACAGCUGUUCGGUGAGGAGAAGGCUCCUCGUCCAUGCGCUCCUUUCCGUGACCUGCCCCAGCCGUCCUCCCUCACUGGUCCCAUGUCAGCAGCCCAUCAGCUCCAGGCCAUGCAGCAGGCCCAGAGCGCAGAACUGCAGAUUCAGAGACUGGCCCUGGAGCAACAGUGGAUCCACCAUCAUCAUCACCACUCCCUCACCCAGGACGAGUAUUACAGUCACCUGAAGAAAGAGAGCGACAAGACCCUGUGAGGGAGGGGAACGACAAAGAGCAGCACGGAGAAAACUAAGGAGAAUUUGUGCAAGUACACAAGUAUAAAGCAACAGAAAAGCACUGAAAACAAUGAGGGGAACAAAGACUUAUAAACAAAAGCUGGACUAAUGGACAAGAUUCUAAAAGAUAAAAAAAACAAAAAACAAGAGGAGGGUGUGAAGAUGUCGCACACACUCCCUGCUAACUGCACCAGACUCUGGUGCUUUCCUGCUUUAUGUUCUCCAGUCCUGUUUUGUAUUGUGCUCUGUACAGUAUAUUAGAUGAGAGCUGAUGAUAGUGAAGUACAGUAUGUGUAAAAUACUUGAUGCCAGAGGGAAUGUGUACAUGACUCUCUUUUAUGUUGUUGCAUGCAGCUAGGCGCUUAUUCUGAACUGGUGGAACUUUUGGUUCUAUUUUUAGUAAUCACCCCCUCUUUUGUAUGUGAGGGGCAUUCUAUAUGCAUGAGACCAGCAAUUUAGUGUUCUGUUUAUUAUCAAUAGUAUUGUUAUUAUGAUUAUUGUUGUCUGUUUGUUGAUAAUGAUAUAAUUAUAUAUACAGCACAUAUUAUUUGUAUUAUUUUUUUACAUUUUCAUGGUAUGGCAGUCAGUUUUUAUUUUUUAUUUUCAAUUUAACUUGUGAACCAAGAUGCAAAUGAAGGCAAAAAAAAAAAAAAAAAAAAAAUCUGGAAAUAAAUUAUAAUCUCUCUC